CAUUAUACCAGUUUUGACAGCUAGCGGACGCGUCGCCGAUGCCCGCACGAAACGUCAACUAUCGCCGUCCCGUUCUAGUUCUUUUUCCGGUCGACCAUUGGGAUCGAAAGUGAACACAUUUCGAUUGCGCUAUGGGUAAGAUUAUGAAAUCCGGCAAGGUAGUGCUGGUCCUCGGGGGCCGGUACGCCGGCCGCAAGGCCAUCAUCCUCAAGACGUUCGACGACGGCACCUCGGACAAUCAGUUCGGCCAGGCCAUGGUGGCCGGCAUUGACCGUUACCCACGUCGGGUAACCCGCCGGAUGAGCAAGUCCCGCAUCCAGAAGCGCUCCAAGAUAAAGCCCUUCGUCAAGAUGCUGAACUACAACCACCUGAUGCCGACCCGCUACAGCGUGCCGGACGUGAGCCUCGACUCCAAAUAUUCCGUCAAGGACCUGAAGGACCCGGCCAAGCGCAAGAAGGCCCGCUUCCAGAUCCGCGUCAAGUUCGAAGACCGCCACAAGUCCGGCAAGAACAAGUGGUUCUUCCAGAAGCUGCGAUUCUAAGCUGCUCUAGAGUUUAGCAAAGUAGCCGAAAGGAGGGGAACUGUUUUCCUACCCGGAAAUUUCGUUUCGUUAAGCACUUAACACAUAAGGGAAAAGAAUGACGAGUCUGGGAAGACGGUGGAGGUGAUAAAACUGUAAUAAAUAGAGAUGGAGAAUGUGAGGAAAAAGAAUGAAA